AUGAUCUCUUUAUCCGCACCCCGAAAUAACGUCCUGAUUGUAUACUGUCUUCUUCUUAACCCGCAUCGGUCGGUCCUCUCCUCUUCUCUCGAAAACACAGCAGCACAGUGGUACCUUCGAUUCAUUCCCAGUAAACAAAUAACGAACGACGCGAUUAACUUGCGCCUGCUCAUAUUCAUAUGGCGACCACUUACUGGAACCCUCGCCUGGUUCCACAGACAUUACGAGACGGAUACUCGGCAUUUAUACCAACGGAAGAACGAACCUGUCGUCCUUCUCUGGAUAUGCCUUGCUCUAUCUUGCAAGCGUGCCAUUUUCCGAAAACCUAUAGAUCACUCCGAGUGCUGGCCCACUUUUGAAUUCUCAAACCAGUCUUUGGAGAUCCACAAGCUUCUGAAUAAUGUUCGCGGGGGUCUUCCGAAGCUAACGAAUCACUCAUCAACCGCGGACCCUCAUAGCGCACCACCUACUACAACAUUCGAAGUUAAUCCUGACUUACGCAUAGUGAAGAUACAUCGCGGUUUCCAUGUAGUCCUUGGUUCGUGA